AUGCCACCCAAAGGGAGCACGAGGGCUAGGAUAGUGCCAGGUUGCCCAAGCCUAGACAGGGGAAGCCGAGAGACAGAGGUCGGUUUCGACGGACCGACCAUCCGGUCAGUAAAUCCGCGCUCUAACAACUUGAUCCAUCUCGCCCACCCACCCUCUGGCGCUCCGUGUAUUCGUCAGCUCGUCUCCUUGUCAUCCCCUUACCACGAAAUCUAUCCAUAUCUGCCAAACUUCGCUCAUAUAUCUGUUCGCCUAGCUGUCAUGCCACCAGAAGGAAGGACGAGGGCUGGGAUCCUGCCAGGUUGUCCAAACCUAGCCAGGAGUAGUCGAGAGGCAGAGGUCGGUUUCGAAUCACGGACCUUCCGGUUGGCGCUGUUACCACUGAGCUAUCUCGCCAUCUGA